UUGCAACGGAUCUGGGUUAAAGAACAAAACUAUGAAGUUUCUGGAUUGGUACUUGAAGAUAGCAGCCGUUUCAGCCUUGAUUGGAGGUUCCAUGGAGCUAUUCAUGAUCAAAACUGGCUUUUGUGUGAGAACUUUCCUUUGCAUACUCUCUCUUUCUCUCUCAUUCACAUCACUAACUUCAUCGAACUUCGCCAUGGGUUCUGCUUAAUUGUCAUGGAGGAAAACCCAUAUACGAUUACUUACAAGUUAAUUUUAGUUUAUGUAGCUUUUCUUUCCAAUUCGGACAUAAUUCUUAGCACUGAUUAUGUGUGGGUUUUAGCCGCUUUUGACGAUAAAGUGACAGUUUUGGAAUCAGAGAAGAGGGCUUGGGAGAAUUCGCCUGAAGCUCAAGCAAUGAGAGAUUCUCUCAAUCCUUGGCGAGAUCAUGAUAAUCGAGAAAAAAGAAAAAGUUAUUAG